AUUCCUUCUCUCCCGCGACGCUCUAAAACCUUUUCCCUCCCCGUCCCCUCCAAAACCCUAAACCCUUACUUCUCGUCGCCGCCGCAUAAGAGAAACCCUAAACACAUCGGAGGACACGAUCGCCGCCUCCAAUGGCGCUGGAGACGGCGUCGAUGGAUCUGAAGCUCCGAGAGCUCCUGGGAGAGGUGCGGCUCGGCGAUUCCGCCGCAGAAACCCUAGAUCGACUCGUCUCGUCCGUCGCCGAGGCGAUUGGGUCGAUCCCCGACCAAGAGAUCGGCGCCGAUGCUGGCCUCGGGUUCGUUCGGGACCUCCGCGUCGCGUAUAAUAAGGUCGGCUUCACAUUCAAGCGUCCGGAGGCCGUAGAAGUUUCGGGAAGCCACUCGGUUGGGUGCGUCGCGAAGCCCGAUGUCAAUGUCGAUCUUCUAGUUCGGAUGCCAAAGGAGUGCUUUCAUGAGAAGGAUUAUCUGAAUCAUCGGUAUCAUGCAAAGAGAUGCCUUUACUUAUGUGUUAUAGAGAGGAGUCUGAGAUCUUUACCAUCAAUUCGGAGGAUCAAAUGGUCUACGUUUCAGAAUGAGGCUCGAAAACCUGUUCUGCUGAUAUAUCCAGCGACGGAUCUUCCUGAACUUACUGAGUUUUACAUUCGGAUAAUUCCGGUUGCCACAUCACUCUUCAGCCCGGCAAAGUUAAGUUUGACGAGGAAUAAUGUCCGUGCUUUUAACCAAGGUGGUGUAACUCAGGCUACUCCGAAGUACAAUAGUAGUAUAUUGGAAGACAUGUUCUUGGAGGAAAAUGCUGGGAUUGUGAAGAAAGCUUUUCAGGACUGGAAAACUCUAGAAGAGGCUUUAAUUUUGCUAAAAGUUUGGGCACGCCAAAGAAGUUCUCUCUUUACGCAUGAUUGCCUCAACGGAUACUUGAUAUCUAUCCUUGUGGCAUUUCUUACUGGAGAAACUGGAGGGAACAUUAUUAACAAGUCAAUGAGUGCGCUGCAGAUUUUCCGUGUCACAUUGAAGUUUAUUGCAACUUCAAAUACAUGGGAGAAGGGCCUAGCACUUAGGCCAAUGGGGAAGCAUAGUUUGCCCAAGGAUAUGACUCAGUAUUUGCAAUCAUUUGCUGUUGUCAUUUGUGAUGUCUCUGGCCAUUUAAAUUUGGCAUUCCGGAUGACUAGGGCAGCUUUCGUAGAGCUUCAAGAUGAGGCUGCUCGCACACUUAAUUGCAUUGAUAAAUGUGGAGAUGCUGGGUUUGAAGAGAUUUUCAUAAAUAAAGUUGACUUCGCUUCUAAAUUUGAUUCUUGCCUGAGGAUAAACCUUGAAGGAAAUUCUAAGGUUUUUGCAUCGGAUUUUUGCUUGGAUGAUGAAUGCUGGCGAGUAUGUGAAAAGGAUGUGCAUUCUCUUCUGCAACAAGGACUGACUGAUAGAGCAAAGCUGAUACGUGCUAUCUGGAGAAACAUGCCGUCUGAAUGGAGAAUCGAUGAUGGAUUUUCAAAUUUUGGUAAUGAGCAAAUGCUUGUCGGUAUAUCAAUUAGCUCCCAGGAUACAAGUUUUCGAGUAGUUGAUGUGGGCCCAAACCCUGAGAACAAAGAGGAGGCCAUCAAAUUCAGAAAGUUUUGGGGAGAAAAAGCAGAACUUAGGAGAUUUAAGGACGGGACAAUUGCAGAGAGCACUGUGUGGGAUUGUGAGCCCUGGGAAAGACAUCUGAUUAUCAAGAGAAUCACGGAAUAUGUGCUCUCUAGACAUUUUCUACUACUAAAAGAACACAUGGUUCAUACAGUUGAUCAGCUUGACUUCUCCCUGCAUCUUGGUGGUAAAGAUCCCGUAUUCUAUUCAGGACUUAUUCUUGGAGCUUUUGAUGUUUUAUCUAAGCGGCUGUGGCUUUUAGACGAAAUCCCUUUGAAAGUGUCCAGUGUGCAGCCUCUUGAUCCAGCUUUCAGGCAUACGUCUGUCUUCCCUCCCGAACCUCAUCCCUUGGCUUUUGAGAAGAGUUCUAAUAAAAGACCACCAAAUUUUGUGGCGACUUGUCUUCAACCACUUGAAGUUAUGAUUCAGUUAGAGGGCUCAGGUAACUGGCCCAUGGACCAUGUAGCUAUUGAGAAGACGAAGUCUGCAUUUCUUCUAAAAAUUGCAGAAAGUCUUCAGGAUCGGUGGGGAAUGUUUUGUACAGCCACUGAGGAUGAGGUGAAUGUCCAUACAUCUGGAUAUUCAUUUUCGCUAAAAAUUUUGCAUGAAAGAGGCUUGAGUAUGUUGAAAAAUCAAGCUAGUACUGAUGGCAAGCCGAGAACUACUCCAUCCAUAGAUAAGGAGCUAUUCUUAAGAAGCCAGCAUUCGAGUAUGAUAAAUGGUUUGCAUGGCCGUUACCCCAUUUAUGGGCCAGUUGUCAGGCUUGCAAAACGAUGGGUUUCUGCACAUUUGUUUUCCUUAUUCCUAGCAGAGGAGGCGAUCGAAUUGGUAGUUGCCUACUUGUUUUUGAAGCCAUUUCCAUUUAAUGCUCCCUGUUCGCGGAUCACUGGAUUUCUUAGAUUCUUGCGCCUACUGUCCAAUUUCGACUGGACCUUCUCUCCGCUGAUUGUUGAUAUAAACAACGAUUUCACGGCAAAGGAUGAAAAAGAGAUUAAUGAAAACUUCUUACUGAACAGAAAAUCUUAUGAAGAAAAUCCUGAUGAUAUAGAACGAGCUAUGUUUCUUGCUACAUCCUAUGAUAAAACAUCUGAAGCGUGGACUAAGUACUCACCCAACAAGCUGGUGCUGAAGCGAAUAGCCGCUUAUGCUCGAAGCAGUGCGGACCUCUUAACCAAUUUAAUCCUCCAAGGUCCCUCUGGUCCAUACACAUGGGAGUGCGUUUUUAGGACUCCUUUGAACAACUAUGAUGCUGUAGUUCUUCUACAUCGUGAUAAACUUUCUCGUCCGCGCCACCUUCUUUUUCCUGCCGAGGUUCAAUCUGGUAAGCUGGUAAUUUGUGGUAAACCAAGUAAGGCCUUCAAUCCCUACAUGCCGCUUCGAGGUGCUGUGAAAAGUCUGGAAGAUGCGAGAGAUAAGCUAUUGGUAAACUUUGAUCCUACCACAUGUUUCCUGGAGGAUCUUAAGAAAGAAUUCCCGGACAUGUUUAAGAUGUGGUAUGAUUCCGUCGGAGGGGACGCGAUUGGUCUAACAUGGGAGAAAAGGAUCUCCAAGAAACGUAACCGGGACGAGGAAGAUGAAAUGAGAAUAGAUCCAUUAGAGAUUCUUAAGCAAGUUGGGGAGGUGGGAAAAGGGCUGGUGAAGAGUGUGCAUCUCCUCAAGGCUCCAAGAGUUGGGAGAUAAGCCACACAUUACAUUUUAUUCAUGUGCAAUUAUUUAUGUCACACACAUAUACUCCCUUGAAGCGAAAGGGAGCGAGCAAAUAUGCUCCGGCGAGGCAAAGGAAAAGUUGGCGGCGAGGGGUUUUGCAGGAGUGCGAAUUUCUCUAAACCCUUUAAUCGAAGUAGAAUCUCGAAACUACUCAAAAUUUCCGAAGGGGGAGGAGCUCCUUGAAUGCUUAUUAGAAGUGAAUAUGGCUUUGAUGGGAGAGCUAAAAGUUAAAAAAUUGAGUGUGUACAAGGUGUAAUAUUGCAUAUCUAUUUCAUGAAGGGAUUAUUUGUUGUACCAACUGAAAAACUUGUUAUCUUAAAUUUUUUUUAAUUUAGUGAUUUUUGUAUCUAACA